AUGACCCCACCAAUUUGCACAAAGAGUAAUGGUGCUCCAAUGCCUCGGUUUGGUUUGACGGCGUCUGCCACAGCUGGAUCAACAGGCCCUUUGCUUCUCGAAGACUUUGAAUUUAUUGACCACCUGUCACAUUUCGACCGUGAGCGGGUGCCUGAGCGCGUUGUUCACGCCAAAGGUGGCGGUGCUUUUGGAUACUUUGAAGUGACUCACCCCGAGAUUACCGAGUUUACAUGUACGAAGAUGUUCUCGGAGGUUGGUAAGCGCACACCCGUUGCAGCUCGUUUUUCGUUCGUAACGGGCGAAUCUGGUAGUGCUGACACAAUGCGCGACCCACGCGGCUUCGCUCUUAAAUUUUACACGGAAGAAGGCAAUUGGGAUCUCGUGUGCAACAACACGCCGAUUUUCUUCAUUCGCGACCCAAUACUCUUUCCAAGCUUCAUCCACUCGCAGAAACGUCUGCCCGCUUCACACUUGAAAGAUGCCAACAUGGUGUGGGAUUUCUUUUCACUACGUCCAGAGUCACUGCACAUGCAGACGUGGCUUUUCUCGGAUCGUGGAAUCCCAGAUGGCUACCGCUUCAUGAAUGGCUACGGCAGUAACACGUUUGCCAAUUACAACAGCGAGGGUAAGCUGACUUACGUGAAGUAUCAUUUUAAGACGGACCAGGGUAUCCGUAAUUUGGCUGUAAACGAUGCUGCUGUUCUGGCUGGUGCCGACCCAGACUACGCAAAUCGAGACUUGUUCGAAGCCAUCGAGGGUGGUGAUUUCCCGUCGUGGACGUUGUACAUUCAGACAAUGACUCCUGAACAAGCGAAGGAACAUAAGUUUAUUGCGUUUGACGUAACGAAGGUAUGGCCACAUGGUGAUUUUCCACUGAAAGAAGUCGGGCGUAUGGUAUUGAACAGGAACCCGGUCAACUACUUUGCUGAGAUUGAGCAGCUUGCAUUUUCUCCAUCACACAUGGUUCCUGGAGUUGGGGCAUCACCUGACAAAAUGCUGCAAGGACGUUUGUUUUCCUACCCGGACACGUUACGUCAUCGUUUGGGUAAAAACUACCAGCAGAUUCCGGUAAAUCGGCCACUGAAGGAACCGCAAACGUACCAGCGGGAUGGGCCAUUUGUGGUGAACGGUAACAUGGGCGACGCACCGACGUACUUUCCCAACAGCUUAGGUGGACCGCAAGAAGAUGAGUCACUUCGCUAUAACGCGUACGAAGGAGAACAUUCCGUGGUUGAUAAGUACUCGUCCGCUUACGACGACAAUCUUACACAAGUUCGUGUUUUCUACCACAAAGUGCUGGAUGAAAAAGCGCGCGAACGACUGACGGAAAAUAUCGCCAUCUCGCUUGUGAAUGCUUCCAAGCCGGUGCAAGAGCGUACGUUGAAGAAUUUCAACGAUGUUGACGAGGAUUAUGCACGCCGCGUGAAGAAAAAGAUGGAAAAAAUGUUAUCGACGAAGCAGUCAAUGUUCAAUUUGAGGAAGUCAAAGACGGCGCCUCAGAACCCACCGCGUAAGGCAUUUACGCCGGUGGUACCGCCGUCUUAA